CGCACGUGCGUCUAGCGUGCCCCCACAUCCCACACCUAAUAAAAACCUUUCCGAACAAACUUCAAUAAAACACAAAGUGAUACAAACACUCGAUUCCAUUGUGCAUAAUUUGUGACCCGCGGACGUGACAAUCUGUACCCGCCGCUGUGACAUGACUCAAGUGCUCUAUCAAUUAAAGUUGUAAUUGUAUUUUUUUUACUUCCACGAUAGAUUAAUUAGAUCUUACAUGGAACCGGAACGCAUCUAAUUAAUGUAUGGAAUUUAUUAAAGCUACUACGGACUUUUGGAAGAUAUUUAUGGAACAUUUCUAAGUCAACAUUUAAAUGCGACCCGAAAACCUGGAAUCGCCGCUGUCAGCAGUUCGCGACACCAAGGGCAGUGUGUACGCUAUGAACGAUCAGACGUUUCAUACUCCAUCAUUUGGCGACGAAGAGUUCGACAUCCCGAUGAUCCACGGGCAGCAUGCGGCUAGCGCCGGAGUCCAGAACUCGCACAUGCAGUAUACACAACUACACCACUCCGCACCACAGGUGGGUAUGAUGAACCCGGCACAAGACGGUCUGGCACCGCCGGGGGGAGCGCCCUCUUAUCAACAACCUCUUUACUUACAAGAGCCUCAUCCUCCUGUCACCUCUCAUAGUACGGCAGCAGCCCCCGCAGGGAACUACAUGAUCCAGCAACAGCCUGGAGGCCAACAACGCCUGCUGAUGAUGCAACCUGCGCAAGUCAUGAGUGGUCCACCUACUCCCAGCACACCAACCCAACCAUCGGGUCCCGUCUACGGAUCACCACAGAGAGCUUCCCCCCCUGGGACCACAAGUGAUGACUCUGAUGACAGUGUACCUUCACAUCACUCACAGUUGCCUGGUGAUGCGGAAAGCCUUCUGCCUAUCCAUUAUUGCUCAGCGAGCCGGCAGCAACAAACUACGCUUCAUCAGAUGGGUGUAGGAAAUAUGGCAGUUAAGAGGUCUUCCCCUGAACCGAUGGACAAUGGUAUGAAUCGUGGACAAAUGCAGAAAAAACCUAAAGUGCAGAAAAAGAAGAAGAAAAGAGAUCCUAAUGAACCACAAAAACCUGUAUCGGCGUAUGCACUGUUCUUCCGAGAUACACAAGCAGCGAUUAAAGGACAGAAUCCUAAUGCUAGUUUUGGCGAAGUGUCCAAAAUUGUUGCGUCAAUGUGGGAUGGAUUAGAUUCUGAACACAAAAGCGUGUACAAACAAAAGACAGAAGUGGCCAAGAAAGAAUACUUGAAAGCACUGGCAGCUUACAGAGCCAGUUUAGUAUCUAAGGGAGGGGAACAAGAGAAUCAAGCAAUGUAUAAUCAUACCAAUAGUGCCAAGCCAACUUAUGGCAAUUAUUAUCAAGGACAGCCGUAUGGGAAUGGACACUCGCCUCAGGGCUACAUGCCGAAUGCUGCGCCCCAGGGCUACACGCCUCAGGGCUAUCCCGGUGGUCAACCACAAGCUUCCUAUCCAGGUCAACCUACACAGGGAUACCCACCUAACCCUCAACAAUCACCUCAGAGCUACCAGGGUGCUAUGCCUCACAAUCCACAGACAUACCAAGGUAUGCCUGCACAGUCACCACAGGGAUAUCAAGUGAACCCAGCGGCUUCACCUCAGGGAUGUCAGCCUAACCUAGCACAGUCUCCGAGAAGUUACCAGGCUGCACAGUCGCCUCCCAACUACCCUCCCAACUCCGGACUGUCACCCCCUGGCUACAGACAAGUACAAUCCCAGUCUCCACCUAUGGGCUCUGUACAUGCUAUGCAGUAUCACCAACAACAGCAAAUUCAACAACAACAGCAGCAGCAGAUUCAACAGACACAUCAACAGAUGCAGCAGGCACACCAAGUUCAGCAGUACCAGCAACAGCAUCAGCAGCAGACACAGCAGCAACAGCAGCAGCAGCAACAACAACAUUUGCAGCAGCAACAGCCUCAGCAACAACAUCAACCUCAACAGCAGCACCAGCCUCAACAGCAGCACCAACAACAUCAGCAAAAUCAGCAGCAGCAGCAACAACAACAUCAGCAGCAUCAACAGAACCAGCAACAACAACAGUUGCCUCAGCAACAGCAACCACCACAACAGCCACAGCAAAACCAAGCUUUGAAAAGUGAACAGCAUUCACCUAACAGCAACGGAAGUGCUGGGAUGCCUCAGCAGUCUCCAGAUCAAAAUGAAAAUAGAAGCACUCCAUCGUGCAUUCGCCAGGGGUGCACGAAUCCUGCCAUUGCAAACAGUGAAUGGGAGGAUGAAUACUGCUCCAACGAAUGUGUAGUUAGUCACUGCAGAGAUGUAUUCAGUUCCUGGGUGGCUUCAAACAACAGCAACCAAAUUCAGAACUUUUCAGCAGUAAAAUAAAUGUAAUGUACAUAUCAAACUUGAUAUAAUUCACUUAUUAUUAGCGAGUUCGCUAUGGAUCUAUAAAUUCAUUAUAUUUAGUGUAAUUUCAAUGGUUUUGCUAUUUAUUUCAUGUUACAGUUUUGUGAAAUAUUGCAUUUGUUAUAUUUGAUCUUAGAGGGAAAAUUACUUCCCAAUAAUGUGGUUCCAAUUGAGCCUAUAAGCAAUAAUUAUAUUGAAUAAGAUGAUCUUAAAGAAACUGAUUUUGUACAUAUUUUGGAAUCGCAAAUGUAUAAAGACUGUAUAGAGGAGAAUGUCACUGAAAACUAGAAGUUUUACUUUUAUUAUAAAUGAACAAGCAACAUUUAAUACAAAAAAUGAAGAAUAUUCAGAUUCGAAGUAGAUUUGUCAAUAUUUAAGUGGUAAUAAGUAGCUAAAUUGGAUAUUAGCGCAGGUGUUACGUAAAACACUAAAAUGAAUGAAAUCAUGAAGCUAUUCUAUGUAUUAUUGUUAUAUAAUGAAACCAUAACAUUACAUGGACUAUUUAAAAGUUCUCAAAAAUGCAAGAGACAAAUUAUGGUAGAGAUUUGUGAGCCAGCUCAUAACUGGUUGAAUCACGCUUGGAACAAGAUUGUGGAUUAGUUGAUAACAGACCCCAGUUUUCUGCUCAAAGCAGCAGGUUACAGAGACCUAUUAAGGUUUCCACAAUGCCCUGUCCUGUCUAUUAGCAAGUUUCGAGCGAGGGGUACUGUGUUUGUGGCUGUUACGACUAAUUAUUAAAUGAAAAAACUUCGCCUUAAAUAUUAUGAAAAUAUUAUACUAAUGUAUAUAAAUGAUUAAGUAAAUUUUAAGUAAAUAGUAAACUCAAAUACUGCAUGAUUGGUUAUGCUAUAUUGUUAUUCAAUAUUUCAGUAUUGUUGAUUUAAAAUCAUCGUUUACUUGGUAGCAUUUAUUAAUACGUAUAAUAUAGUCGGUCGCGGGUCGUACACGUGAAAAGUCGACGUUGCGGGGAUGGAAUUAGCAUUGAUAGUAGCACUUAUUAUGUGAUAAGCAAGAGUUAUGUGUAAUUAGUUCAGCUUGGUGAUAAAUACUACAUUUAUAACAUAUUUUUUCAUAAGUAUCAUUAUUUAGAAUGUACACGCACUGUAAAUUUCAAACUGAUAUACCUACAUAGCAAUACUUCCUUAGUUCUCUAGGAGUUGUGUUUAGAAUAGGAUUUAGCUGGACCAAAAUUU